AUGGGUCCUGAUCAACAUGCUCAAUUGGAUCGCUUCAGUCUCUUUCUUCCCUUCCCCUACCGGGUCGCCGUGAUCCUGGUUGCUGGCUUCUGGGGUUGGGGGGUUAAUCUCCAGUACCUCCUCAAGAAGAACAUUGAUGUUCCCGCUCUCAUCCGAUAUCCUGCUCGUCAAUCUUCGUCCCAGCGACCCCACCACACCUCAACAUUCCACUUAGCCACCCUCUUGACCAUCCCCCUCCUGCUAUCGCUGCUCAUAUUCUGGUCCGCUACUCAUGGCUCUGCUGAACGGGUGGAAUCUCUCGAUUUUAUCCCACAGUCAUACCUCUUUAUCUUUUUCAUGAUCAUCAUUCUCCCUUUCAACCGUCUUUCGCGCUCUGGCAGGCAUCGCUUGUUCGUAACUUUGAGGCGGAUCAGCAUCGGCGGAUUAGCGGAAACCCAAGAUGGGAAAUUUGGAGACAUCCUACUUGCCGAUGCUCUGACCAGUUAUUCUAAGGUCCUAGCGGACUUGGUUGUCACAUUCUGCAUGUUUUUCACCUCGGGUGUCUCUAGUACAUCCAAGCCAGAUCGCAAUUGUGGAACCGAUUGGGUGGUCCCCCUGAUAAUUGCUACUCCGAGUAUUAUCCGAUUCCGGCAAUGUUUGAUCGAAUAUGUACGUGUGCGUCGGGCUAGUUUCAAGUCGGAGAACCAGGGUGGCCAGCAUCUGGCGAACGCUCUGAAAUACGCUACAGCACUUCCGGUCAUCUACCUUGCCUCCAAGCUGAGAAACUAUAACCCGCUGGAGAUGUACGGAUAUAGCGAGAUGAGCCUGACACGCCUAUUAUACUGGUGCACCUUUAUUAAUUCCGCUUAUUCCUUCUACUGGGACGUCACCAAAGAUUGGGAUCUGACCCUAUUGACUUCAUCGCGCCGCGACGCGCAUUAUCCUUACGGGUUGCGUCGGCACCGCCAUUUUUCAGAUCGGCAGUACUACCUUGCCAUUCUCGUGGAUCUAGUUCUUCGAUUUACAUGGUUGUCCCGGUUCAUUCCAGGAUUUGUCUGGCUUUGCGAUACGGAAGUGGGCGUUUGGUUGCUCAUGUUCCUUGAAGUUGCGCGUCGGUGGAUGUGGAUAUUCUUACGAGUGGAAACCGAAUCUGUCAGGAACAGCCGUGGACCGGCCCCUGAUGACAUUCUUCUCGGUGAAUUCAACGGUAAAUUGGAUGCGGACUAA